AUGGCCCCCAUGGCUUCAAUGGGCUCCAAUGGCUUCAAUGGGCCCCAAUGGGCCCCAAUGGCUUCAAUGGGCCCCAAUGGCUUCAAUGGGCUUCAAUGGGCCCCAAUGGGCUUCAGUGGGCCCCAAUGGCUCCAAUGGGCCCCAAUGGGAUCCAAUGGGCCCCAAUGGCUUCAAUGGGCUCCAAUGGCUUCAAUGGGCCCCAAUGGCUUCAAUGGGCCCCAACAGCUUCAAUGGGCCCCAAUGGCCCCCAUGGCUUCAAUGGGCUCCAAUGGCUUCAAUGGGCCCCAAUGGGAUCCAAUGGGCCCCAAUGGCUUCAAUGGGCCCCAAUGGCUUCAAUGGGCUUCAAUGGGCCCCAAUGGCUCCAAUGGGCCCCAAUGGGAUCCAAUGGGCCCCAAUGGCUUCAAUGGGCCCCAAUGGCUUCAAUGGGCUCCAAUGGGCCCCAACAGCUUCAGUGGGCCCCAAUGGCUCCAAUGGGCCCCAAUGGCUCCAAUGGGAUCCAAUGGCUCCAAUGGGAUCCAAUGGGUCGUGGAUCUGCUGAACCAGGCGGCUCUGAUCAGCUCCGACUCCAAGAUCACCCUCCUCAAGCAGGUUCAGGAGCUGAUCAUCAACAAGGAUCCCACUUUACUGGAUAACUUCCUGGAUGAGAUCAUCGCUUUCCAAGCCGACAAGUCCAUCGAGGUGCGGAAGUUCGUGGUGGGCUUCAUCGAGGAAGCUUGCAAGCGGGACAUCGAGCUGCUGCUGAAGCUCAUCGCCAACCUCAACAUGCUCCUCAAGGACGAGAACGUCAACGUGGUCAAGAAAGCCAUCCUGACCAUGACCCAGCUCUACAGGGUGGCCCUGCAGUGGAUGGUGAAGUCCAGGGUGCUGAGCGAGCUGCAGGAGGCGUGCUGGGAGCUGGUCACCUCCAUGGCCUCGGACAUCAUCCUGCUGCUGGACUCGGACAACGACGGCAUCCGCACCCACGCCAUCAAGUUCGUGGAGGGGCUCAUCAUCACCCUGUCGCCGCGCGGCGCCGACUCCGACGUGCCCAAGCGCCACGAGGGCGACAUCAGCCUCGAGCGGGUGCCCAAGGACCACCCCUACAUCAAGUACAACGCGCUGUGGGAGGAGGGCAAAGCCGCCCUGGAGCAGCUCCUCAAGUUCAUGGUGCAUCCGGCCAUCUCCAGCAUCAACCUCACGGCCGCGCUCGGCUCCUUGGCCACCAUCGCCCGGCAGAGACCCAUGUUCAUGGCCGAGGUCAUCCAGGCCUAUGAGACCCUCCAUGCCAACCUGCCCCCCACCUUGGCCAAGUCCCAGGUGAGCAGCGUGAGGAAGAACCUGAAGCUGCAUCUCCUGAGCAUCCUGCGCCACCCGUCCUCGGGGGACUUCCAGCCCCAGAUCACCACCCUGCUGGUGGACCUGGGCACCCAACAGGCCGAGAUCGCCCGCAGCAUGCCCAGCCCCAGGGACACCCGCAAGCGGCCCCGCGACGAGCCCGACACCACCCUCAAGAAGAUGAAGAUAGAGCCCCCUGAGGAUGACGAGGACAAGGACCUGGAGCCAACGCCGGUGGCUGUGCCCAAGGCCUCGGGCCAGAGCGGGGUCCCCUCGGACACGGACAUCACCGCCGAGUUCCUGCAGCCCCUGCUCACCCCGGAGAACGUGGCCAACCUGGUGCUCAUCAGCAUGGUGUACCUGCCCGAGGCCAUGCCCGCCUCCUUCCAGGCCACCUACACCCCGGUGGAGUCAGCGGGCACCGAGGUGCAGAUCAAGCACCUCUCCAGGCUCAUGGCCACCCAGAUGACAGCAGCAGGGCUGGGGCCAGGCGUGGAGCAGACGAAGCACCUGAAGGAGGAACCCAAGGAGGAGAAGACCUCCAAACCCGAGAGCGUGGUCAUCAAGCGGCGCCUCUCGGCGCUGGCCCAGGGUCAGGCCAUCUCCGUGCUGGGUGCCCAGGGCUCGGCCACCACCCUGCUGGAGGAGGAAGCCCCCCAGACCAAGCGGCGCCCGGAGCCCAUCAUCCCGGCGCCGCAGCCGCGGCUGGUGGGUGCUGGUGGCCGGAAGAAGGUGUUCCGCCUGGGUGACGUCCUCAAGCCCCUCAGUGAGACCCAGGUGGAGAAGCUGAAGCUCGGUGCUGUCAAACGCAUCCUCCGGGCUGAGCGCGCCGUGGCCUGUAGUGGGGCUGCGCAGGCGCGGGUGAAGAUCUUGGCCUCGCUGGUGACGCACUUCGAGGUGCCCCUCAAGAGCGAGGUCCUGGCCUUCAUCCUGGAGGACGUCCGCGCGCGCCUGGACCUGGCCUUCGCCUGGCUCUUCCAGGAGUACAAUUCCCACCUCAGCCGCUUCCCGGAGGGAAACCUGGAGCGCUACGACCAGUGUCUCAUCGGGCUCCUGGCCGGGCUGCAGGAGAAGCCCGACCAGAAGGAUGGGAUCUUCACCAAAGUGGUGCUGGAGGCGCCGCUCAUCACCGAGAGCGCGCUGGAGGUGAUCCGCAAGUACUGCGAGGAUGAGAGCCGCACCUACCUGGGCAUGUCCACGCUGCGGGACCUCAUCUUCAAGAGGCCGUCACGGCAGUUCCAGUAUCUCCACGUCCUGCUGGACCUGAGCUCCCAUGAGAAGGACAAGGUCCGCCAGCAGGCUCUGCUCUUCAUCAAGCGCAUGUACGAGAAGGACCAGCUCCGGGAGUACGUGGAGAAGUUUGCCCUCAACUACCUGCAGCUCCUGGUGCACCCCAACCCACCCUCUGUGCUUUUUGGGGCUGACAAGGACACGGAGGUGGCGGCACCGUGGACGGAGGAGACCAUCAAGCAAUGUCUCUACCUGUACCUGGCUCUGCUGCCCCACAACCACAAGCUCAUCCAUGAGUUGGCCUCUGUCUACACCGAGGCCAUCGCUGACAUCAAGAGGACGGUGCUGAGGGUCAUCGAGCAGCCGAUCCGAGGGAUGGGGAUGAACUCCCCUGAGCUGCUGCUGCUGGUGGAGAACUGCCCCAAAGGAGCUGAGACGUUGGUGACACGCUGCCUGCACAGCCUCACCGACAAAGUGCCCCCCUCGCCUGAGCUGGUCAAGAGGGUCCGGGACCUCUAUCACAAGCGGUUGCCAGACGUGAGGUUCCUCAUCCCGGUCCUCAAUGGGCUGGAGAAGAAAGAGGUGAUCCAGGCGCUGCCCAAGCUCAUCAAGCUCAACCCCAUCGUGGUCAAGGAGGUCUUCAACCGCCUGCUGGGGACACAGCACGGUGACGGCUCCUCGGCCGUGUCCCCUCUGAACCCGGGUGAGCUCCUCAUCGCCCUCCACAACAUCGACUCCUCCAAGUGCGACAUGAAGUCCAUCAUCAAAGCCACCAACCUGUGCUUCGCCGAGCGCAAUGUGUACACGUCGGAGGUGCUGGCGGUGGUGAUGCAGCAGCUGAUGGAGCAGAACCCUCUGCCCAUGCUGCUCAUGAGGACCGUCAUCCAGGCGCUCACCAUGUACCCGCGCCUCGGCGGCUUCGUCAUGAACAUCCUCUCCCGCCUCAUCAUGAAGCAGGUCUGGAAGUACCCCAAGGUGUGGGAGGGCUUCAUCAAGUGCUGCCAGCGCACGAAGCCUCAGUCCUUCCAGGUCGUGCUCCAGUUGCCCCCCCCUCAACUCGCCGCCGUCUUCGACAAGUGCCCGGAGCUGCGGGAGCCUCUGUUGAGCCACGUUCGGGCCCUCACCCCCCACCAGCAAGCUCACAUCCCGCUCUCCACCAUGGCCAUCCUGGAGGCAUCCACACGCCACGAGCCCGAUGCCCAUGAGGGGCCGCCGGGAGAGGAGAAGCCCCCAAAGAGGCCAAAUGAAGAGGAGACCAAAGGGAAGACAUUGACCACGGCCCCCGGGGGGGCACCAAGCACAGGGGCCCCCCCCUCCGAUGCACCCACUGACUUGGGGGGGGCUGAUCUUGAGCCCCCUCCCAUCUUCAUCAGCAUCCCUGAGGAUGAGGAGAGCUCGGGGGGGGGCGGCUCCCCCCCUGACACCACUUUGGACCCCCCCAAGGACCCCCCCCACCUCCACAGAGCCCCCCCCAGCGGGGCCCCCAUUGGCUGAAGCUGCCCCCAGCAGCCCCCCCUCUUCGGAGCCACCCCCCCCCGGCACCCAGAGCCCGGAGGUGCCCCCCGGGGGGGGCCCUGAUGCCCCCCAAGGGCCAGCGGAGGCCUGAGGGGGGGUGUGGGUGCCCCCCCCCCCCCGGGUGAUGGGGGUAAUAAAGGUGUUGGA